AUGGCGGCGUCCGGCGCUGUGGCGGCGGAGAAGCGCGAAGAACCCGCGGCGGAGGCCGAUGCGCUGGCCGAGGCCCGGGAGCGGAGCCGCCGCUUCUUGAGCGGCCUGGAGCUGGUGAAGCAGGGCGCCGAGGCGCGCGUGUUCCGCGUAACUGGUUAUAUCUUGAUUACAGGGAUAUCUGCCCCAGUUGUCUUUUUUGUGGAUUAUGCUUCCAACUGCUUAUUCAUGGAAGAAAUCGAAGGCUCAGUGACUGUUCGAGAUUAUAUCCAAUCCAAUAUGGAGACUGGGAAAACUCCCCAAAGUCUUCUCGGCUUAGCCAAGACAGUCGGGCAGGUUUUGGCUCGAAUGCACGAUGAGGACCUCAUUCAUGGUGAUCUCACCACCUCCAACAUGCUCCUGAAACCCCCCCUGGAACAGCUGAACAUUGUGCUCAUAGACUUUGGGCUGAGUUUCAUUUCAGCACUUCCAGAAGAUAAGGGAGUUGACCUCUAUGUGCUAGAGAAAGCCUUCCUUAGUACCCAUCCCAAUACCGAAAGUGUGUUUGAAGCCUUCCUGAAGAGCUACUCCACCUCCUCCAAAAAGGCCAAGCCAGUGCUCAAGAAAUUAGAUGAAGUGCGCCUGAGAGGAAGAAAGAGGUCCAUGGUCGGGUAGAAGAAUGCGUGUGACAACCACAGACAGUUAAGCCGUUUACUUCAAAGUAAAUUUGAAGGAAUGCUAAGAGUAUGGAUUUGACCUAAAAAAAGAGUGUUGGGAUAUUUUUAAGUGCUGCCUGUGAUCAUGCUCGCUGAGUGUCAUCAUCACCUGCAGCCGACUUCUCAGGAGCUUACUAUGUACAUAAGCCAUGUUCUAGACAGAACUGAGUACAAAAUGAAUCUAGGAUAGGCUUCUGCCUCAGGUACAUGGGCAUGGCAUUAAAAAUAUUGACCCACAUAAUGAGAAGAUUAUUCUCUUCAUUCCUGGGGAGACAAGAACAAAGUCUUGGUGACAGUACGUCUAAACCAGCCCUUUAACCCAGUGUUCUUUGUUGUGUUCAUGACGUUCCUUUUGAAAGUAGUGUAGUGGGAUGCAACCAGCAUUUUAAAAAUGAAGUAGAAUCAGACUAGGAAAUAACAUUCAUAUAGUAUUGUAAAUACAGUACUGUUUUAUGAGACUUAUUUAUACAUAUGAAUACACAGAUGGGUAGGUGAGUUUUGGUAUGAAAUAUGUUUUUGAGGAUCAUGGUGAAAACAAAAGAUGAAAAAUACUGCUUAACUCCAAUUUCUCUUUCAAAAGCUUUUAUACCACAUUGUUUUUAUAUUUGUUUUUCUGUGAUUUUUAUAGUUAUCUUCUAGUUAUGACAAAUGAUUGAUAUAAAGUUCCUUUUAGUUUAUAUAGGUAAAAAAGUGAAUUUGUAUCACAGUAAGUAGAUA